UCGUACACGAAAGGAAAACACUCCCUUGUACGAUCAGCUGAUUUUGCAACAACACAACGGGGAACUGACCACUGGCACCGAGUUCAAGCACAGUAACAUUCACACAUCUUUGAGGACGAAAGAUUAAGCGAGAUUUCAGGCUUAUGAGGGGAGUGUGUGGGUAUAGUUGACAGUUGUGAUGGCCAUUGAUGUUGAUGCUAUCCUGCGGGAGAUUGGUGAAUUUGGCCCUUUCCAGAAAUGUGUUUUCUUACUACUAUGUCUUCCCUCCAUCCUAGUUGGUAGUGCAAAUUUGGCAUAUGUCUUCAUUGCAGCAACCCCCAAGUACAGGUGUGCUAUCCCUGGUUGUGACAAUGCGACAUAUCCCAGGUUUGACAGUGAUUUUGUGAACUUCACCAUCCCUUACCUCAAAGAUGGCAGAGAGUUGGAUCAGUGUCACCAUUAUGUUAGAGUGAAUUCAAGCAUAGAACCAGAUACCUGUUUUUCUUCUGAUUUUAAUAUGACUGUGCAAGACACGUGCAAGAAUGGAAGUGUUUUUGAUAACUCAGUUUACUUGUCAACAAUUGUGAAUGAGUUUGACUUAACUUGCCAUAAUGCAUGGGAGGCAAACAUGGUACAGACCAUCUAUUUUGGUGGUAUUUUGGUAGGAUCAUUGAUAUCUGGAUAUAUGGGGGACAGGUUGGGCCGUAUGCUUACAUUUACAAUUGGAAUUGUAGGGAUGGCGUCUUUUGGCGUAGCAACUGCACUCGUCUCUUCACUACCUGGUCUGAAUUUUACUAGAUUCAUGAGUGCAGUCAUGACCACAGGGGUGUUUCAGACAUCAUUCAUUUUAGCAACUGAGUUUGUUGGUCCCAAAAUGCGUGUUACUUGCGGAGUCCUGCCUCAGUACUUCUUUGCUUUUGGUGAGAUUUUGUUGGGCCUUGUGUCUUGGGGCAUAAAAGAGUGGCGGAUGAUACAACUUCUUAUAUCUGGGCCUGUGUCUUGUUUCGUCUUUUAUUGGUUUUUUAUACCAGAAUCACCUCGUUGGCUGCUAGCUAGAGGAAGACACCACAAAGCAGUUGCAAUUUUAGAGAAGAUAGCAAAGAAAAAUAAAAAAACAAUUCCUCGGGAACUUUUAGAGGUCACUGAAGAGGCUGAUGAUGAUAGUGAUUUGAUGGACUCUCCAACAGAUGCUCGAAAAGUCUCAAUGUUAGAUGUCAUUCGAAGGCCAAUCCUUUGUAUUAGAAUGUUCUCAAUGUUUUAUAUCUGGAUAGUUAUAACACUUGUGUACUAUGCCUUAAGCAUGAAUGCAGUAGCCUUAGGGGAAAGUAACAACCCUUCAGCCCCUUUUGUGGAUUUUAUCCUGACUUCACUUGUGGAAAUACCAGGAUAUUCAUUGUCAUGGUUAUGUAUGAGUUGGUUUGGGAGGAGAUGGACUAUGAUAAUGUCUCUUAUACUUGCUGGGAUUUCAUGUGGAGGGGCAGGCUUUUGCGCAGAGUAUGGCGAGGAUUAUGUUAUAAUUCCAUUCCUGUUUGGAAAGUGCUUCAUUACCUGCACAUUUUCCACUGUGUACAUGUUUACAAUGGAAAUGUUCCCAACAAGAGUUCGAAGCACGAUCCUUGGUCUUUGUUCAACUUUUGCAAGAGUUGGUGCAAUGUUAGCACCAUUUUCCUCAUCUCUGGAAGAAAUCUAUGGACCUCUGCCUAUGAUUGUCUUUGGUUCGUUAUCGAUUGUUGCUGGUCUUCUGAACUGCAUUAUGCCUGAAACCAAGAAAACGGCACUUCCUGAAACUAUUGCUGAUGCUGUAAAUUUGGGCAGAAACGUUCCACUGUACAUCAAGAUGCCCCUAAAGGAGCCCCAUGUGUCUCGAAGGUAAAUCAUUAUU